AGGCAAUGGGCUGUCACUGUGGCUAUGCCAGUGCACUGCCACUGGAGACAGGUGGCAGUGUGGGGAUCCAGAGCACAGCCAUGAGGUCACAGGAGCAGAGAGCGGACCAAACUCUGCCAAAGGGGAGAGGCAGGUGGCUGUGCAGAGGGCGGGGAGCGGGGUGGCUGCGCAGGGGCGGGGCGCGGUGGCUGCGCAAGGAGCGGGGCACUGCCACAGAGGGCGGGGGUGAUGGGGGUCAGCUGAGAGAACAGCCAGGUGACUAGAAACUGCCACUGCCAGCAAGCCCGAGGAUGGCCGGGUUUUUGACAGCGUGGGAAACCCGAGCACUGCCACUGCCCCAAAAACUCGAAAAUGCUCUGGGGGAGUGGGGCUGGCAGGGGGCAGGGGGAGGGGAGUCCAUGGGAGGGAUGGAGAGAGGGCACACAGAGGGCACCCAGGCAGAGCAGGGCUGCAGCCAGCUAGGAGGUGGAGAGGGGUAGAGGCAGGUGGGAAGGCAGGGAACACAAGACCAGGGGGUCCAGCUUCACAGAGGUGCCCAUGGGGGAGGGGGAGUAGAGCAGGUUGGGUAGAAUGUGUUCAGCAGCAUAGGAGAGGAGCAGAAUCACAUAUCUAGGGCACAAGGACCCAACCAGAGACCAGGGCACAUAUGACAGUCAUCCCACCACCAACUCAUCCAACCCAGCUCAGCCAUCCAAAUCCACCAAUCCACAGAACCAACAUCCAGCCAGGAGGGGGGAGAGAGAGGGGGGCCAAGUCCCAAAUCCAGGAGGGGAACGAGGGGGGAGGAGGUCGGAGUCGGAUGG